CUCAAUUCUAAAUAAAAAGAGGAAAAAAUUUUAUCUAAAUUUAAAAUUUCAUUUUAUUCGAAAAUAUCAAAUGAAAGUGGAAAUUAGAAAAAAAAAAUAUCUAAUUAUUAAAUGGAUUCGCAAGGGCUCGAGAAAUUGGUGCAUCAAUAAUUUUGAUAUUUUUAUUUUCGUAAAUUAAGAAAAUUUUAGUGAUAUUUAAAAAUAAAUAAAGAAAAUUAGUAAAAUUUAAAAGAAAUAUUUUUUUUAUUACUACUGAAAAAAUGACUAAAGAAAAAAAAGAAUGUAUCUCAUGUCAAAGUGUCCUGUGGAUUUUGGUGUUUUGUGGUUUUGCAAUGAAUUAUAUGUUAAGGAUCAAUUUGAAUCUCGCCAUUGUUGCAAUGGUUGUACCACAUUCACAUGCAGCAGCUGCCAUCAAAUGUGGAUUUCCAUUAGAGUAUAAUGAAACUCAAAUUUCUCAAACUUUAACAACAAUAACAACAACACAAUCUUCCGAAUAUUUGUUUGAGGACAGGUUCAAAUGGAAUGAAUAUGAGCAAAGUUUGGCCCUUGGAUCAUAUUAUUGGCUCCAUUGGUUGUCACAACUUCCUGGAGGUUUGCUGGCUCGUCGUUAUGGUACAAAGAUCAUUUUUGGCUGGGCCAAUUUACUCACAGCAUUGAUGGGAUUAAUGAUUCCAUUUGCAACCAAUUAUCAUCUCUAUGCUUUAGUAUUUCUCCGAGUCAUUCAAGGUUUCGUUGCUGGUGUAAUUUGGCCUGCUAUGCACGAUAUGACUGCCAGAUGGAUUCCACCUCAUGAACGAAGUAAAUUUGUCAGCAGUUAUUUAGGAAGUUCGGUGGGUGCUGCAAUUACUUAUCCCUUGUGUGCUUUAGUAAUUACUUGGUUUAAUUGGCAAGCUGCAUUUUAUGUAACUUCAAUUCUUGGCAUAAUUUGGUUUGUCUUUUGGCAUUUUUUGGUGUUUGAUUCACCGUCUCAACAUCCACGAAUUUCGUCAAGGGAAAAAUGUGACAUUAUCGAGAGUCUUCCUAUAUCGAAUCGAGAUGAAAAAGUUCCAUGGAGAAGAAUUUUAUCUUCAGGACCUCUUUGGAUUGCAAUUAUUGCUCAGUACGGUGGUACCUGGGGCUUUUUGACUUUCAUGACACAAGCUCCAUCAUAUUUUAAUUACAUUCACGGUUGGAACAUUAAUGCAACUGGUGUAUUAUCUGGACUUCCACAUGUAUUGAGAAUGCUUUUUUCAUAUAUGUUUGGAAUUUUGAGCGAUUGGCUUUUAAAAACGAAACGUUUAAGUCUGACGGAUGUUCGAAAAUUGGCAACGUUUAUGUGCACAAUUUUUCAGGGCAUUCUAACAUUAGGACUUGGUUCAAGUGGUUGUCAUUCGAAUUUGGCGAUUAUUUUCAUGAUGGCAGGAACUGCAGUUAAUGGUGCCGUGUCUUCGGGAACUUUAGCAGUUUUUGUUGAUCUCAGCUCAAAUUAUGCCAGUGUUAUUCUUGGAUUUUGUAAUUUAAUUGCUGCGUCUUCUGGUUUUCUUUCGCCUCUACUCGUUGGAUUGUUGACUACCAACAAUCAAACCGUUGACAGUUGGCGUAUUGUUUUCUCAAUUUCGUCAAUUCUUCUUCUUGUCAGUGGGUUUAUAUUUAUGCUUUUCGGUACAUCUGAAGAACAAUCAUGGAACAAUAAAACUAACGAAGAUUUAAAUAUUGUGAAAAUUGACGAAAUGCAAACUCUAUGUGAAAAGUCUGUUACGAAAGACGAAAUUCAUGAGAAAAUACAAUUACCAAAAAUUAAUGAAGAACAGACGUGAUGAAAAUUAUAUAUUAAUUGGGAAAAUUUUAUUUUUACAGCUAAAUGUGAAUUAUAUUUUGUAAAUAUUACCAAAGAAUAUAGUAACGAGCAUUUCAAGUUUAAAAAAAAAUAAUAAUCUUCGUUUGUCGAAAAUCGAUACUGUUUUAAUUUGUUGAUAAUUUCAUUGUUUUGUUUUAUAGGUUUUGAGCAUAGGCAUAAUAAUUGUAAAUAAUGCAAAUUAUUGUUUCUGUAUAAAAUUACUCGAUAUUUAAAUAUAAUUUUUUUCACUUGA